UGGCAGCCACCACGAACAAGGGGUAGCACGUGUGUGCGCGCAACCCCCGCGGAACGUAGACGUGCACGCCCCUCGGACGAUACCGGGAUAUUCUGGUAAGCCAGCAGGGGUUGGACACGCCCAUUCGAGGCGGAACAGCACCCCACCAGAGGGUUCGAAGCUUUCCGCUGCGACUACGUUCGUACGACGGUUCUUCGCUACUAAUAAUACGCCGAUAUACCACCUAUUCAGCCACCAUGGCUCUACGUGGAAGUCCCGAGAGCAGCUUUUACGGGACGCGCGCGGCUUCUGUCUACCAAAGACACUGCUAAUCGCGCGACCGACCACGCUGAUCGCUUGGAUUCCCGACGCGACGAUUUCUCUCAUCCGUGAACGUCGUCGUCGUCGUCAUCGUCGUUUCGUCGGAUGCGGGGACCAGUUCGGUGAACAAACUCGAGGCGUGUUUUUUUCAGAAGGAAGGAAAAAAGAAAAAUUCGGUGUGUAAAAAACGACAGUUCAGGAAUCAGUGACAUGACCCCACUGGGAAGGUAGAGUGUGACGUAUCGUCGGUUGUCGGUGUGAGUGAUGUCUCGAGGAACCAGGAUGUUACCCGCUGUUUGAAGUUUAUCGACGCGAGUGUGCACGGUAAACAGACGCCGGAUAAGUGUUUUCCAGCAACAAGACGGAAUGGAGGAUCGAGAGGUGAGGUAAAGAGGAAUAACCGCGAGGGUUAUGUGGAGGAUGCAGGAAGGCAGGACCGUGUCACCUUUAGGACCGGUCGUCCUACAGCGGGAAGAAGCGGAUAUGCGUGCCGGGCUGUCGCUGCCACCUCAAGAAAGGAGGCACGUGUUGCUCCACGUACGCACCAGCGAGCCUUUCGUCCGCUACGACAACGUGCGUCAGCAACACUCGCCGUCGACCUCGCCGAUCCUGCGGUCCGUCGACAAGGACCAGUUCCACGAGAUGGACGCAUCGUCGGCCAGGGAGAAGAGGAUGGACACCACCGAGGUCGAGGAAGAGGAGGAGCAGGACGAGGAGGAAGAGGAAGACGGGGAGCACGAGAGGAACGUAUCGUCAGCCAGGAAGAACAUCGCCGAGGACGAGGAAGACGACGAGGAGCAGGAGGAAGAGGAGGAGGAAAUGCAUCCUGUGGAUAGAAACGGAAGCUACCAGGAAGACGAGGAGGUCGAGGUGGACGUUUGUCGAGACGAAGUGGACGAGAGCAAUCCCAGCAGUCCCGUCGACUUGACAGCUCCUUCGUCCAGAGGCGGUGGAUCCGAUCAGUUCCUCAACCCGUUUGCGAAUCGCGGCGUGCAUCCUUUCUCGUGCGUGCAAAGUGGACAAACUGCUGCCCACGGGACUCCUGUGUACAUAUCCGCGCACGCCGCCGCCGCGUCCACCGUCUGCACUUCCGGAAACGCAGCUCGAACAACUGGCACGUCGACCGGUAGCAGCAUCACCACCACCGCCAGCACCGUCCAGGCGAACAAACGAUGCCUGGCGUUCUCCGUGGAGAACAUCCUGGACCCGAACAAGUUCACCGGCGGCCGCGUUGUUCACAGUCGCGUUCAACACCGACGACAUCGGCGGGCCGACAGUGUGCACGAAGAUGGGGACUCGCGGGGCGAGUUCGCCUGCGGCAGCGGCCAGGAGGACGAGGAGGGCACACCGGACACGGGCAUGGAGGACAUGGACGAGGAUCCGGACAUGGAAGAGGAAGAUGACGAGGACGUGGAGAUGAGGGUGACGGACAAGGAAUCCUCGAACGCUGGCCGGGAGAGUAGUACCACCGCCGUGAGCAACGUUCCAACGUCCAACUGCAAGAAGAGACAAUCCUCCUCGUCCUCGUCGUCGUCCAGCAGCGUUCAGGCUCAAGGUUGUCAAGGUCAGAACCAGAGCAGCCAGAACGGCACCAGCGGAAGCGGCGGCACCGGUGGCAAGCCGAGAAGAGCCAGGACCGCGUUCACGUACGAACAGCUGGUCGCUCUGGAGAACAAGUUCAAGACCACCAGAUACCUCUCUGUCUGCGAACGUUUGAACCUAGCCCUGUCUCUCUCGUUGACGGAGACCCAGGUGAAGAUCUGGUUCCAGAAUCGACGAACCAAGUGGAAGAAACAGAACCCAGGACUGGACGUGAAUAGUCCUACGGUACCCACCACGCCGCCGCAUCCUCCGCCUUACACGCCUGCCUUCCUGUUCGCCACGCAUCCUCAUCAGCAUCCGCUGCCGCACUCGCACACGCAUCCCCAUCCGCACGCCCACGUCCAUCAUCCACCGCCCGUGCCACCACCGCCACCUGGCUAUUAUCACCCAGCCGCGCCACCUUAUCCUCCGACAGGACCGACGUUCUUCGGUCAUCACCUGUCUGCCACCCCCGCCACCGCGUCCGGCCCACCGCCAACCUCCACACCAUCCUCCACGGGCCUUGCACUGUCGACGCAUACGCAUCCGCAUCCGCACACGCAUCCGCACGCGUAGCGAACUCGACAAUUCAUCCCGCGGACGUCGUCUUCGCCUUCAUAGUCGUCUUUGGUGUUCCGGCUGAUUCGCACUCGAGAGAUGCAGGUCGACCGAGAGAGAAGAAGAAGAAGAAGAAGAAGAAAAAGAUAGAGAGAGAGAGAGAGAGAGAGAGAGAGGGGGAGAGAAUGCAAUUGGUAUGAAAGAGAAACUAUUGUUAUAUACAUAUGACGUUUGAAUGACAUCGGUUGCGUUGCGACGCAAUCGUGUAGAUGAAUAUUUCGAUAAGAUAAAUAAGGGUGGAUUAGGUUUGGGGAGUUUGAAGAGACUGAUUCUGCCGGGCGAGCGUAGACAGUUGGGUAUGUAAGAUUGUGUACGAUAGGAGUUUACGAGUCGCUUUGAUCACGUCGAGCAAGUGUCUCCUGCGGACUUUGAUUCCAGCUUCGUUAUUUGUAGAUACGUCUUGCGUUAUGUCCCGAGCUGUCGAACUCGUCAAGAUCUGCACGAGGCACUGUUAUAUAAAUGUAAAUACCGUGACGAGAGAGAAAGGGAGAGAAAGAGAGAGAGAGAGAGAGAGAGAGAGAGAGAGAGAGAGAGAGAAAGAGAGGCCAUUCCGUUCUUCGUCUUCGAGCAGCACUCGAUCGAGGACUCGUGUCGGCGCCGUGUGGUUUAUGGAAGUAAGCACGUACGCUCGAGGCCGGGUUUUUCGUUCGUUGUUGCUACUUCGUGUCCGUUGAUAGUCGCACGUGGGACGCUUUCGAUAGGAUAAUCGGUUUACGCGGGGUGACGUGCGGGAAACGAGCGUAUCUCUUGGAGGAUACUGUCGGAUCGUUUAAAAUUCGUCAACACACGCGCGAGAAAGAGAGAGGAGGAGAGGGCGGGAAGGGAAAAGUGAGAGAGAAAGGGAGAAGGGAAUCUGUCGGCCGAGCGGAAAGAUAAAUACGCGGUGAUACGCGGCCGAAGAAUAACAGGCGCUCGAUUACAGCCCCGCGCGUAAACCGCGCCCCUUUUCGCUCGGAUAUAUAUAAUUAAAAAAUCCGAACGAACAGAGCAACGGAGCAACGAGCGUCGGCUUGUUUCGCAUUUCCACGCCCCACGAUUAUAUUCGCGAUGACGUUCGCGGCGUUCACCGGCAACAACAACUGUGUGAAAACGCGCGCCUGACCAAAAGAACGAGGAACGAGGAAGAAACGAGAACGAAACGAAAGGGACGAAAGAGGGUGGAAUUAAAAGAGCGAGAUGGAAACUGUCGCCUCGUCGUGUUGUUUUUCUCGCCACCUUCGUUGUAACAUAUGCCGUUUGGUCGCUGCGAAUGAGAAGCGUUUUCGUUCUAAAAACGAGGUAAACUUUAUCAAAGAAAGAGAGAGAGAGAGAGAGAGAG